AUGUCCACCACUACUACAACCCCCGGCCAUUCGCCCUCCAACGGAGCGGCCGACCUCGAUCCCCUGGAUGCAGCCGACUAUGACCCAAUCGACCACCUGAACUCAAUCUUUUCGCACCCCUCCACGCUGUCCUCGGUGUCCCAGGUCUCCGACACCCUGCAAACCUACGAAGAUGAGCUCGACAACGAUAUCGGCGCGCUGGUCGAGGACCAGGUUAUUUCCAAUGCCGAGAGCGUUGAGCGCAUCCAGGCCGCCAAAGCGGAUCUCACCGAGCUGUUCAAGAAGAUCGACGACGUGCGCGACCGCGCCUCCCGGACCGAGCUGGCCAUCACGGAGAUGACGGCGGAUAUCAAGCAGCUGGAUAAUGCGAAGAAGAACCUCACGCAGUCGAUGACCGCGCUGAAGAGGCUGCAGAUGCUGACGACGGCGUACGAUCAGCUUCGCGUGCUGGGCAAGACGAGGCAGUACCGCGACUGCGCCCAGUUGCUGCAGGCCGUCAUUCAGCUGAUGGCGCACUUCAAGUCGUACCGGUCGAUCGAUCAGAUUGCGCUGCUCAGUCGGAAUGUGGCGGAUAUCCAGCGGGAGCUUCUGGAGCAGAUAUGUGAGGACUUCGAGCUGGCGUUUGCCAAGGGGGAGGUCGGACAGAGGAGGACUACUCUUGCGGAGGGUUGUCUGGUUAUGGAUGCGCUGGGAGACCAUGCGAAGACCAGGCUGGUCACUUGGUAUUGCAAUUUCCAGCUGCGGGAAUACCGGCAGGUUUUCCGCAACAAUGAGGAGGCUGGCUCGUUGGACAACAUAUCCCGGCGAUAUUCCUGGUUCCGGCGCAUCCUGAAGAUAUACGAUGAGGAGUACGCGCCUAUCUUCCCGGCUUCCUGGCGGGUCAACGAGAUCCUGGCGAAUAUUUUCUGCGAGGGCACCCGGGAGGAUUUUAAGGGGAUUCUGUCCCGGUCGGUGCGGAAUGGACAGACGAUUGAUGUUAACCUUCUGCUGUCGUGCCUGCAGGAGACGCUCGAUUUCGAGCAUUCUCUUGAACGACGGUUUGUGAGCCCGUCGCGACCCUCAACAGAUACGUUCGCCUCGACGGAGACUUCGUUGUUCAGCCAAGCCAUCUCGGAGGCGUUCGAGCCCUAUCUCAGUGUGUGGGUGGAAGCUCAAGACAAACAGCUUGCGGCGCUCGUACCGAAGUACCGGCAACAGCCCCUGCGGCCCCCAGACGAGGAGUUCGACUCCAACAUCGUCAUCUCGUCUUCGACGGAGCUAUUCACAUUCUAUCGGCAUGCGUUGCAGCAAUGCGCGAAACUCUCGACCGGAGGAAGCCUUGCCGAUCUCGCAAAGGUCUUUGCGAAGUACUUGGAUCAAUACGCGCAGCAGGUGCUUCUGUACUACAUCAGCGAACGGCCCACCGGCCACACUCCGUCCAAUGUGCCUUCUCUAGAGGACCUGAUCUCGGUUCUUAACACCGCCGAUUAUUGCUACACGACUUGCAACCAACUGGAGGAGAAGAUCAAAGGCCGGCUUGACAAGAACUUGAAACAGUCGGUGGACCUCCAAAGCCAGGCUGACUCGUUUAUGGGGAUCGCAUCAGCCGCUGUCCGAGGACUUGUGCGACAGGUUGAGGUCGAUCUGGAGCCCUGCUGGCGGGAGAUGCGCAAUACGCCUUGGAACCGGCUGGAGGCCGUCAGUGAUCAGAGUUCCUACGUUGGCGAGCUCCUGUCCAAGACGCAGACCCGGUCGUCCGACAUUCUGCAGCACCUGCAUAAGCAGCAAUAUGCCAGGGCUUUUGCAGACCAUGUCGUGGAGUUGAUAUCCAACUUGUUCAUUACGACAGUAUCCCAAUGCAAGCCCAUCUCCGAGACGGGAGCAGAACAGAUGCUUCUGGACGCCUAUACCCUCAAGACCGGCCUCUCCUCGCUCCUCCCCGCCCCGGCACCCGCCGGCUUCGUUAAGCGCGUCAACAACAGCUUCGCCAAGAUCGAGACCCUCCUCAAGACCGUCCAGGUCAACCCCUCCCCUCCCGAGGCCCUCGUGCAAGCCUACCUCAUCCACAUCGCGGACCGCAAUAACGCCAACUUCCGCAAGAUCCUCGACCUCAAGGGCAUUCGCAGCCGACAGGAGCAGAACCACCUCGUCGAGCUCUUCCAAGUCCAUCGCGCCUCCGACCGCCACGCACCCAACCUCCAACAAAACAACCCCGUCCUCGCCGCCCUCCAGACCUCCAACGCCCCUUCCUCCAGCUCCGUCUCGCAGGGCCUCGGCCUCGGCUCCGCCGCCGCCUCCAUCGGCGCUUCUAAUCUCCCUACCCGCUUUGAUCCCUCCAUGCUCGGUUCCGCUCUCAUCUCUGCCGCCAAAGACGGCGUCGACCGCUUCGGCACCCCCAUUGGUAACGCCAGCUCAGCCGCCGCUGGUGUUGUCGGCUCGGGGUCCGCCGCUCUCGCCAACACCGCUGUCUCUGCGUCCAUGACGCCCGGUGGUGGUGGUCCAUCGGGUCCGGGACAGAACACUCAACCCGGCGAAAGCAGCUCGUCCACCUCUGGGAAUCUGAACGAGAAUUUGAAGAAUAUCGGCAAGUUCUUCCGUCGUGAUCUGGGUGGCUUCGGUGGGAGGUUUGGGAGGAGCGGUGAUGAUGGUUGA